AUGGAAGCCGAAUCCAAAAUUACGAAGGGUGCCUUGGAUGCCAUCUUCAGUGAUGGUGACAAUGCCGCUUCCAGAUUUCCCGUUCCUGUCCUCCAGUGCCUGCAGAUCAAGCCUUUGGCCGCACAAGCAGGCGGCGGUGCCGAGAGAUAUCGCAUUGUCUUGAGCGAUGUGAACAACUACGUCCAGUGCAUGCUGGCCACCCAAGUGAACCACGUCGUUCAUGAUGGCAAGCUGGUGAGAAACUGCAUCGUGCGCAUCACCCAAUACCAGGCAAACGCUGUCAAGGGAAAGAACAUCCUCAUCAUCUUGGGCCUCGAGGUGAUCGAGAACCUUGGAACACCAGACAAGAUUGGCGAGCCCCAAGCCUUCGAGGCCAAGGCCCCACCAGCCGCCAACACCACAAUCGGCGGCCAGAACUUCUAUGGAGUCAAGCAGGAAGAGACAAAGCCCAAGCCCCAACAGUCGAUACCAACACGAACCGCUGGAGGGGCCAGUGGCCAACACGGAAGCAACAACAUCUACCCUAUCGAAGCCCUCUCUCCCUAUGCCCACAAAUGGACCAUCAAGGCUCGUGUCACCCAAAAGUCGGACAUUAGAACAUGGCACAAGCCUAGCGGCGAGGGCAAGCUAUUCAGUGUGAACCUGCUUGACGAGAGCGGCGAGAUCAAGGCCACUGGCUUCAACGAGCAGGUCGACCAAUACUACGACUUGCUCCAGGAGGGAAGCGUCUACUACAUCUCCAACCCGUGCAAGGUCCAGCUUGCCAAGAAGCAGUUCACGAACCUCCCCAACGAUUACGAACUCACCUUUGAGCGUGACACACUCAUUGAGAAGGCCGAGGACCAGAGCAACGUGCCGCAGGUGCGGUUCAACUUCUGCAAUAUUCAAGAACUGCAGGAGGUCGAGAAGGAUGCAACUGUUGACGUCAUUGGUGUUCUGAAGGACGUUGCUGAGGUAUCACAAAUUGUUUCCAAGUCGACUGGUAAGCCCUACGAGAAGCGAGAGCUGACCCUCGUCGACGACACCAACUACUCCGUCCGGGUCACCAUCUGGGGCAAGAGCGCUACGGGCUUCGAUGUCAAGCCAGAAUCCGUUGUGGCCUUCAAGGGCGUCAAGGUCUCCGACUUUGGUGGCCGAAGUUUGAGCUUGCUUUCCUCCGGUACCAUGUCAAUUGACCCCGAUAUUACGGAGGCCCACCGUCUGAAGGGAUGGUACGACUCGUCUGGCCGCAAUGAUGCUUUCAACACCCACAACAACAUGGCAAGCAUGGGCAAUGCAACUGGCCGCAAGGACCAGGACAAGUCGAUUGUGCAGGUAAAGGAGGAGAAUCUUGGCAUGGAGCAGCAAGACUACUUCAACCUCAAGGCUACCAUCGUGUACAUCAAGCAGGACAACUUCGCCUACCCUGCAUGCAUGUCCGAAGGCUGCAGCAAGAAGGUUACUGACAUGGGCGACGGUACUUGGCGCUGCGAGAAGUGUGACAUCUCUCACCCGAGGCCCGAGUACCGCUACAUUAUGUCCGUCAACGUCUGCGACCACACCAACCAGCUGUGGCUCAGCUGCUUCGACGACGUUGGCCGGAUUGUCAUGGGCAUGUCUGCUGACGAUCUCAUGGCCCUGCGCGAGGAUGAUGAGACAAAGUUGGCUCAGGCGUUCGAGGAAGCGAACUGCCGCAAGCUCAACUUCCGUUGCCGCGCCAAGAUGGAUACUUUUGGAGAGUCUCAGAGAGUUCGCUACCAGGUCAUGAGUGCCACCCAAAUCGAUUUCAAGUCGGAGGGUGCUAAGCUCGCCGACCUCAUCAAGCAAUUUGGCAUCAGCUCAUAA